GGUGGAGUACGGGUGGAUGUCUUGCUUUCUACAAAAGCCUCCUCUUCCAUCACGCGAAUUCGGCAGACGGAGCAUCGCACAGGCACCCGCACACCAUUGCCGCCAUGCUCACAGUUCAAAGGCCCGCGGCACGGUCUUCCAGAGGAGCUCUCCUGCACCUGCUCUCUGCUGGGGCUACGCCCGGAGGCUCGAUUUCUGCUCGCACACAUGCCGUGUGCCCUUAUUGCCCCCCCUCAGCAAUCAUCAAGCGUCAUGCAAAUUUGCUUCUGUGCAGUUCGCCACGCUGUUCAGCUUUCUCGACAACAGCCUCGCAAAGCGACGAGCAGAGACCUCCAAAUGCGGGCGGCAGACUGGGCGCUGAUGUGUCCAGCUCGGGCGUCAAUAUGGGCAUAGGCAUUGGCACCAGCGCUCCUCCAGGCGGCUUCGUCAGCAAGAAAAGGCAGCCCAUCCAUGCUCGUCCGACAGAGAGGCCCAAGGAAGAAAGCUCGCCCGCUCCAUCAAGCCAAAGACCGCCACACUCGAGAGAGCGGUCGGCGUCUCAACCCCGAGCACCGCAUCAAUCUAGUGGCGGGCAGCAAGGGCAGCAAAGACGAACGCGCGAAGAGGGUCGUAGCGAUCAGAGAUGGAAUGGUCAGCCGAGGGGCAGCUCGUCAAGCCAAGGUCAAGCCGCUGUCAAUGCUGACGGGGCAACGCCGGGCAAACGCCUACCUCCUCAUCUACAGCCGCGUAGAGACCACGGCUCAGAGUUUGGAGACAGAAGUCGGGGUCCACGAGAAAACUCAGACCAGCGCUAUCAGCGGUCCUCUCGGACAGAUGCAGGGCGAAUUCGACCGGAUCUUGACCGAAGCAGGCCGCCGGCUGGGCCAAGGUUCGGUAACAGCCUACAGGAUGGCAGGGAGAAUGCACAAGCGCGACGAAGGGACCAGGGCGCCAACAGCGCGAGGGAGAGAAGACAUGACAAUAGCACUGCGGAGUUGGGACAUCUUGGUUCGGAUGCAACCUUGUUCGGAACUGCAGAGGCAGAUGAAGACCAGACCGUAGAGGAUGCUGAACUAUCCAUCGGAAGUCAAGCGCAGGGGAGAAUCGCUGCGCGAGUGGCGGAGCAACAGCGCAAAUCAGGAUCGGACCGCUCCCCCUCAUACAAAUUGCGAAGAGAGCACGAAGAGCUGGAGCGAGCGCAGCAGCAACAGUUGAAGGAUUUGGAGGCGCGAGCCCAAAUGCGAGCCGGCAAAGCCGAUAGACGAGUCGUCUCGGCUGAGCCAAUCCGCACGGAGCUUGGCUUGCCUGCAUUCAUGACUGUUUCGAGCUUGGCAAAAGCGAUUGGCACAAGGAUGCGACUUUUGCAAAACAACAUGACCGCUGCCGGGUAUGAAGACACCAGGCCGGACCUGCUCUUGCCUUUCGAUGACGCUGCUCUGCUCGUCUCAGAGUAUGGCUUGACGGCAGUGCCACUGAACUCUCAUUCGGACGCCUUUGAUAUCUACCCAUCACCGCCAUUGCAAGAAAAUCAGCGAGCUCAGACACCUCUCAGACCUCCCGUCGUCACUAUCAUGGGACACGUCGAUCAUGGAAAGACGACGUUGCUAGACAAGCUAAGGAGCGCGAGCGUGGCUGCUGGUGAGGCUGGCGGCAUCACGCAGCACAUUGGCGCAUUCAGCGUGCCCGUAAGCCAACGUCAAAGGUCGGGCACUAGCGGCGGUGUCGAUACGGUCACUUUUCUGGACACACCCGGACAUGCUGCAUUCUCGGCCAUGAGGGGCAGAGGCGCGGCAGUCACCGACAUUGUCGUGCUUGUGGUUGCGGCGGAUGAUGGCGUCAUGCCACAGACCAAAGAAGUUAUUCAGCUUGUCGAGUCGCUGCGCGAGGAAGAAGCAGCAACGUCUGCACGGCGACGCAAAGUCCCAAAUGCAGAUGUAGACCAGCAAGCCGCAAACAACAAAGACAAUGAGGUCGAAGAAUCGAACGAGCGACCGACUGGCUUGCAGCUCGUCGUCGCACUCAACAAGACCGACAAGACUGAUGCAAAUGUAGAGCGAGUCAAGAGCGAAUUGAUGUCGAACGGUGUGCACCUCGAGGAAUACGGCGGUGAAGUGCCCUGCGUGGAAGUAUCAGGAAAGACGGGGGCUGGUCUCCCUCUCCUGGAGGAGACUUUAGCCGCGCUGGCAGAGAUGGCGGAUCUCAGGGCCGAACGCGAUGGCAUUCCCGCAGAAGGAUGGGUCGUAGAGUCGCGCACCGACAAAGGACGAGGAAAUACCGCAACUGUUCUGGUGAAGCGCGGCAGCCUACGGACCGGAGACUUGGUUAUAGCAGGACAAAGCUGGGCUCGUGUUCGUGCCCUGUUAGACUCUGCAGGAAAGCCAACGAAGAAGCCAGCUUUCCCUGGAGAUGCGGUGGUAGUCACUGGAUGGCGAACGCUUCCGAGCGCUGGGGAUGAGGUUUUGGGUGUAGUGGACGCGUCCGACGGUAGCUCUAAUGCCGAGACCCUCGCAAAGCGCGCAGUAGAGACCCGUCAGGCCAUCGAGGCCAGGCGCAAGCUGAUCAAGGAGGCAGAAGGUAUCAACGACGCUCGACGUCUGCGUGCGGAAGAGGAGGAGGCGCAAGCUAGAGCAGCGUACGAAGAGAGAGCAGCGCGAAGACAAGCAAGAUUAGAGGCUUCUGAGCUCGGUCUGACUGCCGAGGAGUACGCAAAGCAAGCGCAACAGGCUCUGGACAAGGCAAAGGCUGCAGGAAAAGAAGCUCUGCCAAAGGAUGAGGUUGAAAGCGAAAAGAAGGAACUUCGACUCAUCGUCCGCGCCGACUUCUCUGGUACUGUUGAGGCUGUCGUUGGUGCCAUUUCAGGGAUCGGCAAUGCAGAAGUAGGCGUCAAGAUCGUAGCUCAGGGCGUUGGUGAUCCUACCGACGGAGACUUGGCCUUGGCUCAAGCGGUGCAAGGUCAUAUUCUUGCAUUUAAUGUCAAGGCGCCGAAAGCCAUGCAGAAUGCUGCUGCGAAGAGUAAUGUCAAGAUCCAGGCAGAUGACGUCAUCUAUCGCCUCAUGUCCUGGGUGUCGGCAGAAGCCUCUGCAUUACUACCGCCGAGGAUAGAGACGCGCGUCACAGGCGAAGCGAUCAUUGCGCAGAUCUUUAGCAUCGCUGGCAAUCGUCGAACGGCCAGGAAUAUCGCGGGUUGCAGAGUCACGAAUGGAAGCAUAACCGCCAACACUCUUGUACGCGUCAUGAGAGAGAGGGGUGGUCGAAAGGAAGACGAAGAGGAGGAUAGGAAACUGCUUUGGCAGGGAAAGCUGCAAGAGCUCAAGCACGGCAAGCGCGAAGUUGAUGAGAUCAGGAAGGGCACAGAGUGCGGGAUGAGCUUCGGCGACGCUUUCCAAGACUUUAAGGAGGGCGACAUCAUACAGGCUAUCAAAGAGGUCGAAGUCAGUAGGACUCUCUAGACAACCACCUUUGACUUUGCUGUGACCGCUCCGCGCCCCCGCUAGAGUGCCGCUUGGCGUCAGAAUGCACAUUGCCUUCAGGCCGUCAUCCGCCUGGCACCUCUCUUUGCAUCCGCCACGUGGCAGUUGCUGCAGCUACAAUGCAUGCUAUUGCAACAGAAUUUUGACGCGGCCGUAAUCGCUGGGGUCAAAGUCCGCUUGGGACCCGCGGCCAGAUUUGAUGGAUUUUUGAAGG